AUGACCAUCAGGCAGAGGAGGGAGAGGAGGAAGGGAGCCCGGUUCCAUCGCGCCCGGGCCAGCGCUGUGAGCGACCAUGGGGAGCCCAUGGAGAACAUCGAGACAAGGGCAUUUCUCCCAGCUGAGAUCCCCGAGCCCACGCUGGCGGAGAACGUGCUGCGCCACCAUCUCUUCUGUGGAGCCACUUUGCAGCUGCUCUGUGCGCUGGCUGUAAUCGUGCCAGUUUCCAGGUGCCAUAAGCCAGACUGGCACAGUCUUGGGACUCGGUCUGGUGAGACAGUGAAGAAAGCCAAGGCAAGUGCUGCUCUGCUGAGGAAGGAAGCCCAGAAGGAGAGCAAAAAGAACAAAGAAGGGCUUGAGCGAGAAGGCCCACAGGACGCUCGAAUCAGCUGGAAUGCUUCCUCGGAGGUGGCACCAAAGGCAGCGGACUGAGUCACCUGGUUUUCUGGCAUGGCCGUGCUUUCCCUGUCACGGACAGUGCAGCGGAACUGAGGCACCUGGAAGGGAAGGGCUUGUGCUGCAUUCCAAGCAAAGAGGGCUUGCCAGAGGCAGGUCUUCAUCUAUGGCAAGAGAUGGAGAGGCUGUGUUCCUUCAGGC